CCAAGAGCAAGAGAUAGAUUGAGGGUGUCUGGGGAGCAAUGGAGCGCAGAACCAGGUUGUACCUGGAAGUUUUUACAAGGAUUUCAGAUUAAUAUGAGCAACAAAAAAUAAAAAUUUGCUAUUUUCUCCCUUUACAUGUGUGCUGUUCCAAAGAAUGGGCAGGAGAAAAAAAGUUUUUGGAAAAGAAAAAGAAAUCAUCCAGGCAAAGAAUAUGAAACAAAACAGAAUUCCACAUUUUAUAACUUCAGAAUUAGAAUGUCAUAUGUUACUCUUUUUUAUAUGAAGCAAUCUAUGUUGUAUAGAAUUUCUUGUUCUUAAAAUGUCAGACAAAUCUCCUGAAGGAAAAAGACCUCGUAAAAGUUUGUCAAAAAGUAAAAAUCACAAGAAUGAAACCAGAACUAAAAAAGCUCUAUUUAAAUCCAAUUCUGUUAUUUCAUUUUUUAACAAUGUACCUCCAGCCAAACUUGCUUGUCCUAUCUGUGGUCAAAUGGUAUCAAGAUAUGGCUUAAAUAGGCACAUUGAUGAAAUGUGUCCACAGAACAAUGAUGAAGUAAUUCAAAAUGAUACAACAGAAUCUGAUAGCUCAGUAAAUUCAAAUCCAUCUCUAGUUGAUUUAGCUGAAACAACUAUAGGGCAUACACCUCCAAAGCAAUCUUUACCUCCCCAAAUAAAUUUGGGCCACAUCAAAAGUAAUUCUGCAAAAAGUAACAUGACACAGAAAACUAGUCCAUACUUUAAGAAUAAUGAUAAUUUAGUAAGCAGUAGUCGAGAGGAAUUGAAACUUCAAACAAUGAAAAUUAUUCCCUUAGGAAGCCUCUCAUCAAAACUGUCUAGGAGAUACAUCGAAGCUAGAAAAUUGGUAGCUAAAAAUGAGAGAGUAGGGAAACAGGAAGUUCUUAGGACACAAAGUCCAAUUCCUCCAGUUGUUAAAGAAGUGGAAGCCAACUUUGCCACAGAUGGGGAUGAGGAUCAGAUUUUGGGGAGUGGAUCUCAAAAGGAAAAUGUUUUUGUUUCUGCAAAGACUGCUGGAUCCCUUGAUAAAGAAAGCACUACUUGUGAAUAUGCCUUAGAAGAUACAGAAAAGAUAGAAAAUGAAACCCAGCCUGAUACCCAAGAAUGUGGAACAUUAGUUUCCACACUUGUUUUUACAGAUAAAACUCAUGGCAAUACAUUGUCAACUUCAGAGAAUAUUCUUAAGACACAGAAGAAUUUUGAAAUUGUGAGUAGCAAAACUGGAAAUGAGAAUAUAAUACAAUCAAAUGGAUAUAAUCAAGUAAUAAUGACUGCUGUUUCAGAAGGCCAAACUCAGAGGACCCAAAAUGCUUUCUCGGAAGCUAAUUUGGCAGUGACAUGUAAUAGUCAUGUAAGCACUUAUUUUGAAAGGAAUAACACAAAAACACUAAUGAAGAAAAAUCACGUCGACUUAAAAAAUGAAAUCAUUCAUGACUCUGCUUAUUUGGAUUCCAGUAAAGAACUGGAACCAGUUGAUGAUGAAUCUGAAAGAAUAAGUCAAGGUAGUUGUCAUUUGGACUUGACCUCUGAUUUUUUGGAGCAUCCAUACUACCUUAGGAAUUUCCUCAUGGUACUAAAAGCAGUUUUUGAGAACGAAGAUGAUCUGAAGCUCUUUGAUGAACAGGAUAUGGAAAUCAUAACCAAGUUUUAUAAACUAUCAGCAAAUGGGCAGAAGUUAUAUGUAAGACUUUUUCAACGCAAGCAAAUAUGGAUAAAAACUAACAAGCUGGAUUAUGGAGAGAUUGACACAGAUUUAUCACCAACAAUUGAAGAAUUAAAGCAAGUAGGCUUUCUGCAGACAGAAUCAGAAUUACAAGAACUCCCUGAAGUACUUGAGUUGCUUUCUGCUUCUGAGCUAAAAACCUUAGCAAAGAUGUUUCAUUUGACAAAUUCCAGUGGACAGAAACAGCAGCUAGUGGACACAUUUCUCAGGCUGGCCAAACAGCGUUCCAUCUUCAAUUUUGGCAAGAAUCAGCCCAGCAUUGGUACAGUGAUUUUGAAAAGAGCAAAGGAUUUGGUAGGACAAUCUAUAAGGAUCAGUAAUGGUCCUCGGGCUGUGUUUUCCCGUAUUUUACUGCUAUUUUCAUUGACUGAUUCAGUGGAAGAAGAAGAAGCUCCUUGUGGUGGGCAAAGCCAGCUUUUCACAGUACUGAUGGUCAACAGAGGCCAAUUAACUUUUCCCAGUUACACAAUAAAUAGGAAAACACCAAUCUUCCAAGAUAAAGAAGAUCUCGUCAGAUAUGCUUCCGCUGCUCAUACGUUGAAUGAUAUUUCUGCUGCUAUGGCAAAUGGGAACUGGAAAGAAGCUAAUGAGCUCUGCAAGUGUGCAAAGGAGGAUUGGAACAAGCUAAAAUAUCAUCCAUCCCUAAGAUACCAUGAAGAUUUGCCUCUCUUCUUGCGGUGUUUUACUGUUGGGUGGCUUUAUACAAGGAUUUUCUCUAGAGCUGUUGAAAUACUACAGAGAUUACACAUGUAUGAGGAAGCAGUAGAAGAACUUGAAAAUCUUUUGUCUCAAAAAGUAUAUUGUCUUGAGAGCAGAGGACGAUGGUGGGACAGAUUGGCACUUAAUUUACAUCAACACUUGAAACGUAUUGAGCAGGCUAUUCAGUGUAUCACAGAAGGGCUGUUGGAUCCACAUGUAAGAACUGGACAUCGUUUUUCUCUUUACCAACGAGCAAUUCGACUGAAAGAUUCUCCAAGCUGUAAAAAAUUCAGCUACCUUUUCCAUAAAAUGCCAGUUAUGACUAUUAAAGAUGUUACCCACGUGACUAUAAAAGGGAAAAUGUGUCCACAAAGUGGAAUGGGAAAGUCUGUGUUUCUGCUGGAGGACACGGAUACAAAAGGAGAUGAAUGUACUGUGACCACAGUCAUGUGUUCUGUCGAGGAGCUGGCUUUAGCCCAUUACAGGCAAAAUGGCUUUGACAAAGGUAUUCACGGAGAAGGCUCCACCUUUAUUACAUUGUAUAGCCUUCUGCUCUGGGACAUCAUUUUUAUGGAUGGGAUACCAGAUGUUUUUAGAAAUUCCUAUCAGGCCUUCCCAUUGGAUUUGUAUACUGACAGCUUCUAUGAAAACAGACGCGAUGCGAUCGAGUCCAGGCUCCAGAAGAUUCAUGAGGCUUCUCCUGAGACUCUGAGAGAGUGGAUUGCAAAUGUGUGGAAUGCUCACGAGGGCGAAGUAGCAUCCGGAGUCACCUGGGACAGGUUCUCUUCUCUUCAGCAAGCACAGGACCUGGUGUCCUGUCUCAGAGGACCUUUCUUAAGUGGCGUGUGUAGACGGCUAGCUACAGACCUUCGGCAUCACAGAGGGGGGCUCCCGGAUCUCGUUGUAUGGAAUACUCAGGAGAACCACUUUAAGUUGGUAGAAGUUAAAGGGCCCAACGAUCGUCUUUCCCACAAGCAGAUGAUUUGGUUGGAUGAACUGCAACAAUUGGGAGCCCAAGUAGAAGUCUGUCAUGUGGUCGCAGUUGGAGCUAAGAGCAAAUGCCUCAGCUAGAGAUUACGGAACUUGGGUUGUUUUGUCACUUUCUGCUGCUGGUUGUUUUUUCUUCUUAAAAAAAUAAAAUGUUGCUGCUACAGUUUA